CAUGAGAUACACAUGGUUUGGUUUACGUUAUAUUAUUUAUUUAUAUAUUAUUAUAUAUCCCAAAUGUGAUCUAAUUAAUGAUCACCUUCGCCUCUUUUCUUUGCUUUCUUUCUUGAUAUAUCUACUGUUUUUGGAUCAUCUUCUCCAUGUUCUUUGAUGUUUUACAGGGAUGUUGAAGAUAUUACUAGUCGUCUUCUUAUCGGCGUUCUCUUCAUGGGUGUAUCAAACAGCUGUUCCUCCACCGCCUAAGAAGCUUGGAUCUCCAGAUGGACCUCCUAUUACAUCUCCAAGGAUAAAGCUACGUGACGGACGACAUAUCUCGUAUAUCGAAUCCGGUGUUCCAAAAGAUGUAGCUAAAUCUAGAAUAAUUUACAUGCAUUGCUUUGGUUGUAGCAAGUACCUUAAUCCCUUUGCCUCAGCCUCACCGGCAGUUGUUGAAGAACUAGGAGUAUACAUUGUUGCUAUAGAUCGUCCAGGUUACGGAGAAAGUGAUCCUGAUCCUAAGCGAACUGUGAAGAGCUUGGCGCUUGAUAUUGAGGAGCUCGCGGAUCAACUGAACCUUGGACCCAAGUUCUAUGUGGCUGGAUUCUCUAUGGGUGGACAAGUGAUAUGGUCUUGUCUCAAGUAUAUCCCUCACAGGCUUGCUGGAGCGGUUCUUAUUUCUCCCGUUAAUUACUGGUGGCAUAACCUACCUUUAAACUUAACAAAGGAAGCAUAUUCUAGGCAACUUAUACAGGAUCAAUGGUCUAUGCGUGUGGCUCAUUAUCUACCAUGGUUAACCUAUUGGUGGAACACCCAGAAAUGGUUUCCUUCCUUUUCUGUUAUCGAUGGAAACCCUAGUCAUAGUCCCUCAGACAUAGAAGUUAUAACAAAGGUAUUCGGUUCCAUGGAUCCAGUUCAGGUUCAACUAAUGCUAUCACAACCAAGACUACAAGGAGAAUUCGAGUCCUUGCAUCGUGACUUAAAUAUUGGAUUCGGAAAGUGGGACUUUGAUCCACUUGAUCUCAAAAACCCAUUUCCAAACAACGAUGGCUCCGUUCAUUUGUGGAUGGGUGAUGAAGAUUUGAUUGUUCCAGUGACGCUACAACGGUAUAUAGCCCAAGAACUUGAAUGGAUUAAGUAUCAUGAGGUGAGUGGUGGUGGACACUUGUUUGCUUUUGCGGAUGGUAUGAGCGAUACUAUUUUAGAAAGCUUGUUAACAUAAAUGAUUAGCUUCGCUAUGUUAACUUCGUAAUGAAAAUCAGUUGUCUUUCUAUAAUGUGUUAUUGAAACUCGAGUCUUUUAAUUUGAAAGGUGAUACGAAGACUUCAUCCUUUGGCA